AUGGCAUUUUCCUUCCACCAAGCGAUAGAUAAUCAUAUUUUGAAUCUUUUCGAUGUAACUUUAGUUUCGUAGCUUCGUCUAUACGUGUGCUUCUAUGUUGAUUCUAUGUGUUAUCCUCUUCAUUUUCUGAUUUAUUCAAAUUGUAUGUUGUCUGAAAAAGCAUCCGAAAUCACCUCUGGCAACUCAUUUUGAUUCAUUUUGAAGAAAAAUGAGCCCAUCUACCAAUCCCCAACGUCACUGUGAUUAUUUCCCAAAAUUUCCCUUUUUUGGUUGUUUUUUUUUUCGUCUUUACUUCUGAUGUCAAUCAACUUUUUGGUCACGCUGGGGCAAAAUUGCCUCGGCGUUUGACUUUUUGCGAUAGUAAACCUUUGCUUCGUUUUUUAGAAGUUUUCAAAGAAAGAGAUUCGACGGAGUUUCCAUUCAUUAUUUUUCUUGAGGCGUGUGGUCUACUGUUUUGGACGCAAUGUAGACGAUACACUGGAUUUCCCGCGCAAAGGUUAAUUUGUGACUGAACCAUUCUAAAAAAAAAAGAAAAUCGUGUAUUUCAUUUUAUAAUGUGCGUUUUAACAAGUGCUUAAAAUUUUUUCAGAAGAUUCUUGUUUUUUGGAUCGUCUUUUGGGUCCACAAGUAGAUAUAUCUCAUUUUUAGUGGACCUAAGAUUCAGUUCUAGUUCAGUUUUCCCAAAAAAGCCCAAUUUUACAUGAAUCCAUUGACGAUAAACAGAAAAAAAAUACCUGAAAAAAAGGACGGCAUAGUGCAAAAAAAGUAUUUCGAUAAUGGGAAAAAAAUAAUGAAAAAAAGAUUUGUUUCGUGUGGUCCGAUAAUGUUUGAUUUUUCAUUUUUAUUUUUUUAUUUAUAUGAAUUAAUUUGAAGGAAAAUCUGGACGCUCACACGAUUAAAGAUCCAAAAAAAAUUCAUCUUUUUGGUUCGAGGAAUGUAUCCUUUGUCGUGCCUUCCAAAUUUCAAGACAAUUUUCUCUCAUUUUUUAAGUUUUUUUCGGGAUUGGAAACAACUAUUCAAUUCAGAAAAACAUGGUAUGACAUGCAUAUUCGGUGCUCUUUACUGUUAAAUUCUGCACGCAGUCGUCGUUCUGUGACGUUUCAGCGACAUGGAAGUUUAUAUCAGAGGCUGAAAGAUUUCAUUUUUCACGGUAUUUUUUUAUUUCUUUGUGGGUUAAUAAAAAAAGCUAUGAAGCUUAAAAAUCAGAAAAUUUGAAUUUUUAUUCAAAAAAAUUUGAUGGAAAAAAAUCAGAAAUUUUUUUAAAAAAAUAGCCGACUUGUGCCAGAUUUUUUUGGAAGGCCUGCUGGUCGUUUUCACAAUAAUUUUGAGUUUCCGAGGUUAACUACGUUUCUUGUGAUCAUCUUGCCGAUCAAAAAAUUAUUGCAGGAAAUAUUUUUGCAUUUCUUUUAUGUUUUUUGCAGGAAGAAGGGGCCAAUUUUUGAUGAAAAUUUGGUUCGACGAGCCCACCAAUGGGACAAGAUCGAUAGCGGCAAAUAUACUUUGAUUUAUCGCGAUCUUGGUAAUUUUUUUCAUCUUUUUAGCAUAAGGAAAGUCGUUCAAAGCUUCAAAAAUUUUUUUGAAUACUGUGUGAAGAAAUUUUUAGCUUACGAUAUUUUGUAAGUAGGUUUUUUUGCGUUUUGAAGCUUAAUUUCUAAAAAAAUUAAAACUUUUGCAUGAUGAAUCUUUCAAAAAUAUUAUAAUAGUGCAUUUAGAAGCGUUUUUUUUACAAAAUUUCAAGUCAUUUUGAAGUUCCGAGUAAAAUGAAUAUCCUUGUCAAAAGUUCAUUACUUUUCGUCAAAUUUUGUGAACAUUCAACGAAAUUUUAACCUUUGAAAAGCCUUUUUUCGCUAGAAAUGUAUGUUUUAAAUUGAGCAGUCUUUUUACAGGUGCUUCGAGAUCGUUUUUCAUGAUCGGAGCGUUUGUCCCGUGCUUUCUGGUGGGAACUGCAGUGGCCGUCGCGGAUUUCCUGAAGAACGAAGAGAGGGAUCGGCUGAAAAAUCGUCCAAAAGCUGACAAUCGAUGCGAAAGAGGUUUGUUUUUCCCGAACUUUAAGGUUUAAAAUUUAAUAAUUAAGUUUUUUUGAAAGAAAGAUAACGUUUUUAAGAGACGGUAAUUCUAGUUUCCUGAAGUCGUUUAAGUUUAUUUUUUUGAUUUUUUUAAUAUGGUAUAAAAAUAAAUUUAUAUCAAAAGGAAAUCUGGAUAUUCAAGACUCAACAGAAAUCCAAAUAAUUACAUUGAAAGAUCUUAAAAAAAUUAAUUAUUUUUUUGCUUUUUUUCAUAGAAAAUCAAGCACAUGGUCAACCAAAAAUUUAAAAUUUGAGCCGGAUUUUUCAAAAACUUAUUUAUAUCGUCAAAAUUCAUUGUCAUUUACUGUGAGCAGCCUUUUUUUCUCGGAAAAAGAUUAGUGUAGAUUUUACAAUCAAGUAUUUAUUUGAGACAUAAUAUUUCGGUACAAGAAACCAAUCUGAAUCCUGCGAACAAAACUUAAUAAAUCGACAUACGAUGCAGCAGAUUAUAUAAAUUAAAGUGCUCUAGAAGAUCAAUUUUUUUAAAAAAAGAUAUCCACAAGUUUUUUUUUUUCAAUAAUUGUCCUUUUUAAAAUGUGGUUGAGAGCUUUCUGAACAUAUAAUCAUUGUUUAUUUCUAAAAAUACGAAAAAAGCAAAUUCUCGGUAUGAAAAAAAUGAUCAGCGAAUUUUUGAACGGCGACGUUUUACGAUUUUUUUCAUAUCGCCAAGGAGUUUUCCGACUUUUUUCCCUUAGAUUUUUCUGUUUAUAAAAGAUCUAUCAGCAUUUUUUCUUAUUUCUUUGUGUUUCGAUCAUGAGUCAACUACCUACUUUAUAAAAGAAGAUUCAAAACGACGAUUUUAUGGAGAAAAAGUCGGAAAAGGAUUCGUCGGAAACUUUCUCGUCGAAAAGUCCCCUAGCAAUAUGAGAAAAAUCGGAAAAGUCACCGUUCCAGUUUUUGCUGGUCUUUUUUUUAUACCACAAAAUUCUCAGCUGGGAUCUCUAGUCGCUGUGCCACUUUUCGCCGUUCUCUGCGUCGUGGCCCUUUUGACGCGACUUCAACAACUGCGACUACUGCGAAUUUAUCAGAACAAGGAAAAUGUCGCCGAGUUCGUCGCCGUCCGCUCCAAAUUCAUCGUCGGAACGGAAAAGGUCCGUUUUUUUUGUUAACAAAACUUCUGAAAAUCGAAGCGAAUUUCCCAGGUUCAUGGUUUAUUUCAAUAAAAUGUUCUUUACCAAAAUCUGAAUUUAGGGAAACUCAUUAUGUAGUUUUUGCGUAUUUCUCUUUUUCAAAAAUUUUUCCUUCUUAAAAACUUGAGAUUUCGGUGAAUAGUUAGCUCAAUAAGGAUAGGCUUUUUUUAAGGAUUUCUUUAAAUUUUUCCUUUUUUUCCUUUCUUCUCCAUGUUUUUCGUCGUACUUUGAUUAUUUUGUGAAGUAAGUGGAAAGUUGAGUUUUCGAACUUUUUUCAGUGAUCAUUUGUUUGCAAUUUCAAAUUUUCCAAUAAAUUGAGGUUCAGUUUUUUUAUUUCAAGUUUAUGGAAUUUGAAUUAGAAUUUUGGUAAACUAUGUUUUUUUAAAUUUUUUUAAUUGAAAAAUUUUUUUUGGUCAUGUAUAACCUGUUCUCAGUUCAUUUCAUUUUUUUUUGGAAAAUUAAGAUAAAUACCAGAAUUUAAGAGAAGAAUAUGAGGUAAAAGUGAAAGUUGACCGUUGAGAAAUGAGCGUUAUUGUUGGUUUUUAUAUCAAUAUUAAAAAAAUUCAACGAUAGAUUGAUUCAAAAAGUAUUCCCAAAUUGCGUCCUUAUUACCAAGAAUUUCCUCCUCAAAUCCUUGUUUUCAAAAAAAUACGAUCGACGAACCCUUUGUACAUUUUGAACCGACCAAACUAGUAAAAGGCAAAAAUCGCAGUUAUUUUUAAUGAUAAGGAUGACUUUCAUCAAAAUUUGAAAUGAACACCUUUUUCACUUGGAGAGGAACAGACUACUUUUCAAGGCCGCCGACCCCCUCCAAGAUUUUUUAAAUUAAAGCUAAUACUACCUCCCUGAGCUUGAAACUUGAUUUUAUUCCCUGAUUUUCCAAAAAUUUUGUGAACCAACCCCUCCUCCCCGGCUGAAUGAGUACUGAACUUGCCCAUCUAUGUUCUUGAGUGCGACUGAAGAUUUUCUUAAAUUACAAUUAUUUUUUGUGAUACUUAUUUCAAAAUUUUUCAGAUGCACUUCAAUAGGGAGCUCUCCGUCGGCUGUUAUAUGGCCGAUGAAAGUCGUUCCGAGGGCUUCAGAAUCUUGUUCCAGUUCCUUUUCGGUAAUGUUCAGGUAAACUCCACCUUUUGCGUGUUUCCAUUCAUUUUUCCUCCAGAUUGACAAAAGCCGAUUCCUCAUUGAUGACGGCAUGUUCCGCGCCAACAAUUACAGGUUUCCAGAGAAUUUCCGCACAUUUCCAUUCAUUUUUCAGGUCUUUCAUGCUCAACGAAACGGAUGUACCGCCCAGAUUAUGA